AUGAAUCCUGCUGCUAAAUACGUUUCUAAACAACUUAAACCCCUGAUUGAAGGGUCGCCAACCAUUAUUCAUGGUUCCAAAGACUUGGUGAUUAAGUUGUCUAAACUCAGUCUUACACCAGGCAGGCACUGGUAUAUUGUCACAGGAGAUGUAGUUGCGUUCUAUCCCAAUAUUCCACUUAAUAAGUGUUUAGAUAUUGUAUAUAACAUGUGGUACUAUCAUGUGUAUGACGACUAUGGACCAGAUUAUGAUUCUCCUAUUAAUAGAAAAAUUCAAGACCUCUUUAAACGAUGUCUUUAUGUUGGUAAUACUGAGCUUGUAACACAAUUUCAAAAUAAAUUUUAUUUGCAAAAUAAUGGCCUCGCAAUGGGGGUAGCAGAUUCACCGGAUCUUGCUAAUCUCUAUGGGGCAUAUUUUGAGACAAAAAAUAAAGUUCUUGAAAAUCCAGCCAUAGCUUUUUAUGGCAGAUACAUCGAUGACUGUCUCGCUAUUGUUUAUGCUGAAAGUGAACAAGAAGCACUUCAAAAAGUCGAGAACAUUGUCAAAUUUGAUGAAUGUGUUAUCGAAUGGAAUGUCAGUGCCUCAUGGCAACCAUUUCUAGACAUGGCGUUAUAUAAAGAUGAAAAUUAUAAAUUGCAACACAUGCCUUACCGAAAAGCUGGCAACUAUCAAGAAAGAGUUCCAUGGAUCUCGCACCAUCCUCUAGAUGUCAAAAGGGGAACAUUUAUUGGAGAAAUGUCUCGGCUCGCUACUCUCAGUACCACCUUAUCAGUGUACAAAGAUGCAAUACGAGGUUUAGUAGCCUUGUAUAUACGCAGAGGGUAUCCUGCCAAUCUAGUUAAUUCUUGGAUGAGAAAUAAUAUCCGCGAACGAUGGAAUAAUAGACUUCAUAUUCACAAGUCUAGUGAGCACGUGGACGUUCUAGUUCUCAAAACAGAAUUCAACUUAGCAUGGAAUUAUUUUAAUGCAAAUGAACUUUCUAAAACUAUUUUCGGAUAUUGGAAGACUUGGCUCAGCAAAGCUGACAAGAAAGAAUUCUCUUCAGAAUUCCCUGCACCCCCGGAAGAUGAUAAACAUCAAAUCGUAGCGAUGCCUACAGAUUACCUGUAUGUAUCAAUGCGAGGAGAAGAAUAUUAUAUUCCGGAUAUUCGCAAACUCGAUAUCCUUAACAGAAAAUUAAUUACAAGCCGCAAACGCACUCGUAAUUUAUUGGAUCUUGCGAGUCUUUGGAAAAAGACAGUUUUAGAAUCGAUGGAUACACAAAUCUUGGAAGAAGAGUAUUAUAAUCCAUUAUUUAAUCCUACCCCUCCUGUCGAGGAGCAGAUGGAUAUAGAUAGUGACUUAAUGAAUUAUUCAGCUAAUAGAAUACUUCAUCUUCGUGUAUCACCUGACCCCGUUUCUCGUGGGUGGCGGCAAGCUCAUUGGUAG